ACCCCUGUGUUACCAUCAGAACAGCACCAAUUGAAGAUAAUUAACUGGAAAUCAUGGCAGCAGGGACAGACAGGAGAAUGGGUGUCCUUGGAGCACCCUUUCUGGCAGAGGAAUCAGCAACUCAGUUCAUACGGCUCAAACGACACAUACCGUAUUCUCCGAGCUACUGGGACUCAAGCAGCAGCCAGAACACGUGGGGAAACACUCUGGCUGAACAGAUCAGUGAAUCAUGGGCAGCUUUGAGAGAAACAGCACAAUACUACAUGGACUUGGACCCUUUUGCCUUCAAUCCCUCUACAGCCAUCAUCAACAUCAGAUCCUACAUGGAGCUACUACAGCUGUCUGGGACCCACCUCCAGCAACAAGCAUUAAAUCCUACACAUCUUGUAUCUGGCUGUGUUAGGAUGUGGCAUGUUAUGUAUUUGCCAUUAUGUAUUUGAUAAGAUGACUUUAUCUCAUCCCACUUGGGUCUAAACCCAAAAUUAAUACACUAAUUCUCUGCAUAAAUACUGCAUAUUUUAUAUUCAUAAGUAGAGCUGAGAUGUAGGUCAUGGUAAAUUGAAUAAAAAGUUGAAGAAAACCAACCAUGAACUUUUAGCAGGUUAGGUUUAUAAAUGCCUAGUGUUUCAGGUAAAACAUUCUUUUGACUAAAGAAUUGUUUGAAGGUGUAUGUUCCUGCUUCUGUGACUGAAAACCAUAUUUUUAUUUCUCAGUAUUUUCCUUUAGCUACAUUUUUGAGAGAUGAGUAAGAAAUGAAAAUUGGUCACUUUGGAUAGGGGAGAGAAGUAGAGCACAAUUGAUUCAGGUAUACUUCUGCAGUUCAAGUGCAUUUCCAUUUUUUCAAGCACUAGGAGGAGGUGUUGUAGUACACAUCCAUUCAUGUCAAUGCUUCUCUUUCCUUAUUUAAUCUUCUGUGUUUGGUCUUGAAUGCCAAAACCAGCUGAACCCACAGCUACUACCAUGCGUAGUUUUUUCUUACAUCACAGAGAUAGGAAAUGGUGGAAGCAUUCACAUCUUCUUUUCUAAAAAGAAAAUGGUGGUGUCAAAUGUUCUUUAUGCCACAUUCUUGAGCUUGGAAGUUUCCUGGUUCCUAUUCAUUAAUGUACCUUAUUUCAGAACAUCUUU